AUGUCUCAGGUCCCGGACAUAAUUAUGAGCGAAACAUCAUCAUCGACCGUUGCUGGAGCAACGGCUAAAAACGGGGCGGUUUCCAGUGACAAGAAUUUACAAGCAUCGGGCAGAACCCACCCCAUGGCAUUCGGCACUAUCCGGCAAGACGCCGCCAGUGUACCGGCAGCCCCACCAGAGGGAACGUUUUUUGGAAGGGUGUAUCGGAGAUUUCAGUACAGAGGGGUAAACCCUGGGGCGAGUGCAUCGGCGAGCGCAUGCGCGGGCGCGCAGGGCACACCGGAGGGAGACGCACGCGUGGGCAACGGCGACGAAAAUGGCAAAGAGGCGGUUGGUGCAGCAUCGCAGGUGCAGGUGGACUACGAGGCGCUACCGAAAGAGUCGCCGGUGUUGGCUCAACUCUUUGCGGGUGCGUUCGCCGGCAUUCUAGAACACAGUGUAAUGUACCCGAUUGACGCAAUCAAGACGCGCAUGCAGAUUGCGCAGAUGGAGGCCAGCGAGGGCAUAAUACAGGCUUUCACGCACAUUGCCGCAACCGAAGGGCUAUACGGCCUCUGGCGCGGCAUCUCAACAGUGAUUCUCGGCGCAGGCCCUGCGCAUGCCGUCUACUACUACGUUUUCGAGUCCACCAAAACAGCGCUCUGCCGGCAUUUACAAGACGUGAACCAUCACGUGAAAAUGAAGAAUUCACUAAUCACAGACGAGAGGCAUCCGCUGGUUGCGUCCGUUUCGGGAAUUGCGGCUACCACCGCAUCGGACGCUAUUAUGACACCGUUUGAUGUUGUGAAGCAGCGCAUGCAAAUAAUCCAGACGUGCGGCAUGUGCGACAAGCCGUCGCCGUUCCACGUGGCUGCGCAGAUGUUGCGCAAGGAGCGCCUCCGCCCUUUUUACAUUUCAUACCCUACAACUUUGGCCAUGAAUAUCCCCUUUGCGGCAAUCAACUUCGGCGUCUACGAGUACGCAUCUUCUAAAAUCAACCCGGACCAAAUUUACAACCCAAUGUUGCACUGCGUGUCGGGCGCCAUAUCGGGCGCAGUUGCCGCCGCAGUUACCACGCCGCUUGACUGCAUAAAGACGGCGCUACAGACGCAGACUUUCCCGCGCGCAACCGGGUUCUUUUCCGCAGCGCAGCUGCUGUACCGCAAGGAAGGACUCCGAACGUUUUUGCGCGGCAUGAAGCCCCGCAUCGUUUUCAAUUUCCCUUCCACCGCCAUCAGCUGGACCGCCUACGAAAUGGCAAAAGCCUAUUUGCUCCCAAAUUCGCUCAAGGACAGUUCUGAUUGA